GUGAAACAGCGGGCUGGUGAAAGCCUUCAGGAAGUCAGUCAGCCAACGUGUCUUUUCUUGAUGAAAGCAAGAGUAAGAACGGGGACGUGGAAUGUCUGGGCAAUGUAAGAGGCUGGGAAGGCUGCCCAGGUAGCCAAAGAGAUGCGAAGAUAUGCCUUAGAAGUACUGGGUAUCUGCGAAAGCAGAUGGAAUGGAUGUGGAUUGACAACAUUGUCAACAGGAGAGUCAAUAAUCUACUCCGGUCACCCAGAUUACAACCACGAACACACCGAGGGAGUGGCCAUGAUGUCACCAGUGGCAGCCAAAGCCCUAAUGCAGUGGGAACCAAUUUCACCCAGGAUCAUGACAGCAAGAUUCAACUCCGAAGGAAGGAAGGUAACAAUUAUCCGAUGCUAUGCACAGUGCUACAAACAACGCGGAACAAGAGAGGAAGAAGAAGAAGGAUUUUUACAGACAACUACAAACAGUAAUGGACAACAUCCAGAAUGGAGACAUCAAAACCCUCAUGGGCGAUAUGAAUCCCAAACUGGGACCUGAUAACACAGGAAGCGAAUUCAUCAUGGAUCGAAAGGCUCUCGGAGAAAUGAAUGAGAACGGGGAAUUAUUCGCAGACUUCUGCUCUUUCAACGAUUUGGUGAUCGGAGGGAGCGUGUACAAACACAAGGAUAUACACAAAGCAACGUGGAUUUCGCCUGACGGACAUACCACAAACCAAAUAGAUUUCAUCUCAAUCUCAAGG